AUUAGGUACACGCGUACAUCGAACUCUCUAACAAAAUCGGUGGCGAAGUCGCCGAACAAGCUGCGCUUGCCAAGGCCGCUUUCGACAAAGAGAGAGCCUUCCUUGUGAUGGCAUCUCAAUCGCAGAAACCCUCCGAUUCCGACUUCCCUGCGCUUCUCGGUCCUACCGCUCAGGCCAUGACUGAUGUUUCAAACUUGAAGGACGACCCCAAGUACAGACGAUCUAAGUUCAGCAAUCAUCUGGCCACAGUAGCCGAAGGAAUCGCCGCUCUUGGAUGGGUGUCUGUGCCCAGCAAACCCGCACCUUUCUGCAAAGAUAUGUCUGAGGCCGGUGAGUUCUAUGGAAACCGUGUGAUCAAGGAGUUCAAGGAUGAGGAUAAGACUCACGUUGAAUGGGCUCGCGCCUUCAAGGCUAUUUGGCCGCCCAUGGUAGACUAUAUCAAGAAGUACCACACCACAGCGCUGUCGUGGAACAAGAAUGGUGGCAAGGCUACUGUACCGUCCGGUGGACCUGCACCUGCGGCACCUGCAGCAAAGGCACCUCCCCCUCCCCCCCCAAAGCCUUCGGUCUCCAGCACUGCAGCAGACACGCCUAAGAAAUCUCCAUUGGGCGGACUUUUUGCUGAAAUAAACAAGGGGGGCGCAGUGACGUCUGGGCUCAAAAAGGUCGAUAAGUCUCAAAUGACCCACAAGAAUCCUGAGCUCCGCGCGUCCUCCAAGGUUGAGGCAGCACCCGAAAAGGAGACCAAGAAACCCGCCGCGCCCUCAAAGUUUGGCGCGGGCGCGAAGAAGGGCACCCCCAAGUGCGAGCUGGAUGGCAAGAAGUGGUUGGUCGAACACCAAGACGGUAACAACGAGAUUGUGAUCGAUACCAACAUGUCACAGGUGGUGUAUAUAUACAAGUGCACCAACUCGGUAAUCAAAAUCAACGGAAAGGUCAACUCCAUCGCUCUGGAUGGCUGCAAAAAGGUCGGCGUUGUGUUUGAUAAAUGCGUCUCUGGAGUGGAGAUGGUUACCUGCCAGAGUGUGCAGGUGCAAGCCACGGGAUCCGUUCCCACUGUCAGCAUUGACAAGACCGAUGGUGUCCAGGUGUACUUGAGUGAGAAGUCCCUGGAUUGCCAAAUCAUCUCUGCCAAAUCUUCGGAGAUGAAUGUCAGUAUCCCGGGGGCCACUCCCGAGGAUGAUUUGGUGGAAUCGCCCAUCGUAGAACAGUUCAGAACCACCCUGGAUCCUAAGACCCGCAAGUGGACGACCACCAUAAUGGACAGUAUCUAAUUGGCUUACCUUCGGAAUCUUGUCUCGUGAGCUUGCCCUUGAACUUUAGCUGAUAGGAUUGGGUUUGCUUUUUGGUGCGCAUCUGAUAUGGUUGCCUCGCAGUGACGUCCAACGGGGUUCUACUUUAGUAUCUUCUUAAUGAGCUUGAAUAGCUGGGGAGAAAAUACCGAAAGUGGGUAGAUACGUACGGUAUAGGGUAAUGCAGUGCACUGCCUUGUAGUCUCUUUACCGAAAUAAAGAGCGGAAGAAAAGAGUUUACGUAAUAAAUUUUUGUUCAC